GACUCUGGUGAAACACUCACACAGUCACUAUCAAGGUGAAAUGGCACAGAAAAGAGUAAAGCUGGACCGGGAAAGCUUCUCUUGUUCAAUCUGUCUGGAUCUACUGAAGGCUCCGGUGACUAUUCCCUGUGGACACAGCUACUGUAUGAACUGUAUUAAACGUCACUGGCAUGGGAAGAAAAUCUACAGCUGCCCUCAGUGCAGGAAAAACUUCAAACCGAGGCCUGUACUGCUGAAAAACACCAUGUUAGCAGUUUUAGUGGAGGAACUGAAGAAGCCUGAAGAACUCCAAGCUGCUCCUGCUGAUCACCGCUAUGCUGGACCUGAAGAUGUGGCCUGUGAUGUCUGCACUGGGAGAAAACUGAAAGCCCUCAAGUCCUGUCUGGUGUGUCUGGUCUCUUACUGUGAGAAACACCUUCAGCCUCAUUAUGAUGUGGCUCCAUUAAAGAAACACGAGCUGGUGGAGCCCUCCAAGAAUCUCCAGGAGAACAUCUGCUCUCAUCAUGAUGAGGUAAUAAAGAUGUUCUGCCUUACAUUUCUGGAGAGGUAUAUGUCAGGCUACGGCAUGGACUACGGCAUAGAGUACGGCAUAGGCCAGCUCCACACGGAGCACAUUGGCUUCCCGCUCACUGACCUGCAAGUGGGAACCAAAAGGAAGAAAAGGACCUGA